AUGAAUCGUGAAUUGGCGGAAUCCUUCACGGAUGCAAAUACGAGGUGGAACUUUAUUCCGCCGUCCUCUCCACACAUGGGUGGUGCGUGGGAAAGGAUGGUCAGAGCGGUAAAAAUUGCAAUGGAGUCGAUCAACCAUUCUCGCGCGCCAUCUGAAGAAGUUUUUCACACGAUUUUGUGUGAUGCGGAGUCAAUGGUCAACUCGCGACCGUUGAUGUACGUGCCCUUGGAGACAUCGGAUCAGGAGGCAUUGACUCCUAAUCAUUUCAUUCUUCUAAGUUCGAAUGGGGUCAAACAGCCGGAGAAAGUUCCAACUACAGAAGGAGAGGCGCUGCGGAAUGGUUGGAAUUUGUGUCGUUAUGUUCUGGAUCAGUUUUGGUACAGAUGGAUCCGAGAAUACCUUCCGGUGCUGACGCGACGCACGAAAUGGCACGACGAAACCCAGCCAAUUCAAGAAGGAGAUUUGGUCUUCAUAGUAGGGGAGCAGAAACGGAAUCAAUGGCCUCGUGGGAAGGUCCUAAAGGUUAUCCCCGGGAAAGAUGGGCGAAUACGACAAGUGGAUGUUCAAACCGUUACUGGGGUUCUACGACGUCCUGUGGCCAAGCUUGCAGUACUCAACAUAAUUCCUGCAGGUAAUCCUGCUGGACUGAAGCAGCAUUACGGAGAGGGGAAUGUAGCGGCAGGCGUUACAAGCGUUGACGCUCUCAACGAAAUACUCCAUAGGGAUGGUCAACCUGGUAUGACAGAUCCGUCAAGUGGCGAUGGGUUCGAUGGUGUGGGUAAAACUAAAUAA